UCCAAAUCUUCCCGUGUUUAGGAAAUUUUCAAUCAAUCAAAUCAAUCGUUUUGGUUUCGUUCGUUCGUAGUGGAAAAGUGACAUAAAUAAAGAAAGACGUUUUGUCAAGUUGUCAGGUUGCGGUUCGAUUCACAUUGUUGUGAAUUAUAAUAUUAUAGUUUAACUGUUAUUUGUGUUUGGUAACCUUCUAUAAACAUAUCAUUUUCAUAACAUAUAAAAGAAAACAUAAAAAUGGUACUAACAAAAGAAUUUAGAAUAUGUAUGCCGAUGACAGUGGAGGAGUAUCGCAUUGGGCAGUUGUAUAUGAUUGCUCGGCAUAGCUUCGAGCAGUCAAGCAAUGGGGAGGGAGUGGAGGUAGUGGCCAAUGAACAGGUCACUGAUGAAGUCAAUGGUGUGGGGCAGUUUACUGAGAAAAGAAUCCAUUUGUCCAGCCAUCUACCUUAUUGGGUCCAGUCUUUGAUACCAAAAAUAUUCUAUGUCACUGAGAAAGCCUGGAAUUAUUAUCCUUAUACUAUUACAGAAUAUACAUGCUCGUUCAUUCCAAAGUUCUCUAUAUCCAUUCAAACAAGAUAUGAAGAUAAUAAUGGGACAACAGAGAAUUGCCUAGGCAUGACCCCUGAGGAACUAGAACAAAGAGAGGUAGAUUUCCUAGAUAUCGCCUAUGAUGAGAUCAAACCACAUCAUUACAAAGAGGCAGAAGAUCCGAAGUUCUUUAAAUCUGAGAAGACGGGCCGUGGUCCGCUCGUGGAAGGCUGGAGGGACUCCCAUCAGCCCAUCAUGUGCUGUUAUAAGUCUGUCAGCGUGAAGUUCGAGGUCUGGGGUCUGCAGACUAGGGUUGAGGAGUAUGUACAAGGAGCAAUCCGCGAGAUACUGCUGCUUGGUCAUCGUCAGGCGUUCGCUUGGAUGGAUGAUUGGUACAACAUGACCAUUGAAGACGUACGAGAGUAUGAAAAGGAGAUGCAGGCAAAAACCAAUAUAAAGCUAAAGACCGCAUCAGAAGCCGCCGAGGGUGCCGGUGAGGAUAAAAACUCAGAUUCUUCCAAACCUCAAACUCCAAAGACGCCUAAAUCACCAAAGAGUACGAGCAGCACCCCGUCAGCAGAAGGUCGGUCCUGGUUCAACUGGUCUUAAGUUAGUUCACAAGAAGGGCUUGAACAGUGAACACUAGUCUUUUAGUCAACCCUGUCGCGUAUCAUUUGCUUAGAUUAGUUUAAGGUCACAUCACACAUAUUAACUCGGAAAGUGUCGCUGAGAAGGAUAGUCAAUCUGAAGACACCAUGUAACAGUAACAAAUCGGUCACAUUUGGUCGUAUCUUCUUUUCGGACGGUAUAUCAUCAAAUGAUUUAUCCCACUUUUGGUUGAGCGGAGAGUAGACUUUUACUGACUAAAAAUUACCCACGUUCUUUCCUUUACCCUUUGUGUGCUGGGGGUGCCUAAGUCCAUUCGGACAAUCCCACUGGCUCGGCAGGCAUUAGCCUUAAUGGGUUUCACACAACUGGUCACCAGACUAGGUCAGAUCCUAUUCGGUCGCCGAAACUCCAAGUUGACCUCGAAAAGCAAUGGGAAUGUUCUCAGAGACGUUUACAUUACUAUUCCGAUUUUUGUGUAUUGUAGUACAUUCAGAAGAGCAGUUUCAAAUGAAGAUUAAUGAGCCGAUUCAAAUGAUCCCUUUUCGAGUUGAUAUGUAUGACCUUAGAAUGUAAUUAUGUUUAGAUAAUGUAGCUUAGAAACUGACGGCUUGUUAGUAACUGGUUGAAAUAAUGUAUCUGUGUUGUGAUUGCAUUUGUUUAGAUUGUACACCAACUGACAUAGUAUAAGGAUCAAAUAUGACUUAGUAUAAGUAAUAUGGAGUACACUAUUUUUGAAAGAGGAAUUGUAUAGGCUAUGCAUGAGUUCGCUUUUUAAUCUAUAAGACUGGUUUCAAGCCCUUCAAGAGGCCAAACAAAACCUCUUGAAGCAAUAUUGUUGUAUUUGUUGAAGCGAGACGAUAUUAUACUCUGUGUAAUGUCCGUCUUUCUUCCACAACUGUAAUCUUUCUUUGAGAGGUGGUGUUGGCCCAGAAUAGCGUUAGCUUUGAUCUCUUCUGCUGUCAGACAGGGUUUGAUUUUGUCGAAUUGAUGUGUUCACCUAUUGCCUUCGAAGGAUCCCUUCCACAAUAGUCCUUUAAAUUAUCGUUUUAUAUGAAUUAGACACUUUGUUCCUAGUUAAUUUACAUUAAAGGUAUACUCAUGUUAAACUUUUUAGAUAAAUACAAUAUUGUUUAGGAAAGCCUAAAGAAUGCGAGAAAACGACAAAUACGUUUUAUUUUAAGUUACACCCAGUGAUAGAAUAUUUAUUCAGUAUAUUCUAUACCCAGAGACGAAAUCAGAGGUGCUUAUAAAAUUAUGUUUAUCUGUCAUCGAAACUGGCCUUAAAAAUAUUAGUUUCAUCUAUUUAUAUAAUAUCUACAGUCUACUUAAUCAUGUGAGGCGGGAAAUAGAAAAAGGAUAUUACAAAAUUUUUUAACAAUAUUUUAUUCACUAUCUAUGAGUAAUUAACUAUUUUUAUUGUCUAUGGUAGAAAAACAUGGAAUACUAGUUUAUUAUGCAUAUAUAUUAUCUGAAUUCAUUCCUUUAAUAUAAAAACUAAAUAUCGUCUAAAUUAUUGUUCCAUAUUUACAUUUAUUGAUCUUAUAAAGUACAAUUAUAUUUUUUGUACUUAGAUAUAAACAUUGAAAAGGUAUCAUCAUUAUUACUGAUCAGCUAAAGACAAACAAAACUAAACCUUAUGUAAGCUGCAUACAGUACAUUAUAUAUCUAUAUCCCUACGACAGAGGUGGAAUUUGAAUAUCGCUAGAUCAAUAAAAAAUAUGUCAUUCCUAGUUAAAAUUACGGCUUUUUAUUAUUCCAGAAGUAUACUAUUUACUCUAUAUAUGUAAUAUAAUAUAUUUGUUAGUUACUUCGUAUGUAGCCUAUAUAACUAUUGGAUUGUUACUAUAUAUACCUGUAUAACUUUCUCUAUUUAAUUAUAUAUCAUGUAUGUUUUAAAUGACGUUAUGUUAGUUGUAGUUGUUAUUGGUAUGUUGUAUUUAUUGUGUGUUAUCCAGGGGGCCAACCAACAGUAAGACUAUCGCAAUAGUGUAUUUGACCAGUUCUUAAUAAUAUAAAUCUGUAUAGACCGUCAGACAGAUUUAAAAAAUAUAUUGAAUACGUAUUUUACAUUUUAUCACAACAUUAAAAACUAUAGAAGAUAAAAAGCCCUUAAAUUUCGUAUUGGGGGCUUAACACAUGGCUUACUAGUAAAAGCGUACCAGUAACUAGUAAGUGACGUCACAAGAGAUUUUAAAUCACAGAAUCUCCUUAAUUUUUUGUUUACGGGAUAUAAGAAA